CGGGAAAGCUCAGUUUGAGGAGGUGCUGCGCUGAAGCUGCUGAAGAGUCAAUACACAAUGGAGAAAAUAACAGAGAAACUUCUGCUGGAGAAAGGUUCUCCAAAAACCAACAAACUGGACCAAAUCAAGACACUGAAUCUGUCCAAGCUCCAACUGAAGCAUCAGGAUUUGCCCGUCAAGCUGCUGUCCGGUCUCAGGUCCCUUGAGCGGUGGGACCUGUCUGGGAACAGAAUCCAGGAGUUUCCCAAGAAUCUGGAGCUGCCUGCGCUUCGCUACCUGGACCUCAGCGACAACCAGAUGGAGGAUGUUACGACUCUGGAGUCUCUAAGCCUCCUGGAGGAGCUGAAGCUGGAGGACAACCUUUAUAUCACUGUGAGUGAUAAUCACAAGCUGAUGGUCUUGUUACCCAAACUGAGGAUGUACAACGGCAAAGAUGUCAGUACCAGUGCCAACCACUUACGCUUCGUCUACAGUGAGAACCUGAGGACCAGGACAAUCGCAGUUUGGGAGAAGAGCUUCAAUCUCCCAGAUCCCGUCACAGCAGAGAAGCUGUCGACCCUGGAGAAGAACUUUGUCAAUGCCGCCCGACAGCAGGUUAAAUAUGGACCCAGCUCAGUCUCUGACUUCACCAAAUGGAAGGUGGAGAUUAUAGCUAAAGAGUACCUGCUCUCUCUGGUGGAACCAAAGAAAGAACCGGAGAGCAACGAGUUCACUGAUACAAAAGACAACUGUGAAAUCUCAACUCCUACCAAGAGGAAACAAACUCCAGUAGUGGACCCCAGCGUAAGACUGACGCCUCUCAAAAAGCUGCGUUCAGAUCUCCCAGACUCCGCGGUCACAGUCAGUCCUCGCAAAACUACCCUCCGCCUCAAAUCUCAGACGCUAACCGACGGCGUCCGGAUAAGCCCCCGCAAGACCGAGCAGCCACCGUUAACCCCCACCAGAGGUCGGCCGAGGAAGGACACGCCCAAGAGGGCUACUAAAAAAGAUGACGGGGCUCAGAUUGAACAGGAGGAAAAUAUCAACAGAAAAGAUUCUACUGCCACAAAGCUGCAAAAACUUGUGAUGCCGACAGUGAAGAGCUGCAGCAAGCCGUUGCGUCUGAAGCCUCUACACGUGCUCCAGUGUCACAGUAAACAGGACAACUCAGACGACUUCUCCACUCAGCUGUGGGCCUGUGCUUUCCAGCCGCUGCCAGAUUCCACAGAUGAUUCUGCUGGAAGCCGCUUGGUGGCCACCUGUGGAGGAGACUCUGUCUGUGUGAUUGACUGUGAAACGGGGAUGGUGAUGAAGAAGUAUAAAGUUUCCGGAGAGGAGUUCUUCUCGUUGGCCUGGUCCACGGUGUUGAUGUCCAGGGGAGGCGGGGCCCCGGCGCAGCACUGCAGCAUCCUGGCGGCCGGUGGAAAGAGAGGACUGGUCAAACUGAUCCACCCCAGAAACAACGUGGCCUACGGGGAGUUCAGAGCCAGCCGCAAGGCGCUGUCCGUCCUCCGCUUCAACCACCAGCAGGGAAACUUCCUCUUCACGGGAUCUUAUGAUAACAAGAUCGUGAUGUGGGACAUCGGUGGAGUGGACAGCCAGUACAACUUCAAAGUUGUUCAGCUGAUGCUGUUGGAAACCAGCGCCACCCCCCUGCACAUCUGCCUCCCGCCCACGUCGCCCAGCACUCACCUGCUCACGGCCUGCGAGGACGGUCUGCACUGCUUCAACACGCAACUCGGUAACAACAGCACCACCAAGAGUAGGUCCAAGGAGAUGGAGAUAACUUUCCCCAUUUAUAAGAAGGAAGACGAAGAUCAUGACUACCACACUGUUGAUGGCCUGAGUUUCCUUGCUAAUGACAUAGUGGCCUCCAAGAACCACCUGCACGGUUCUAUUUACUUGUGGAGCUGGAGCAGGACAAAGGCUCAGCGGCCCGACAAGAAGAACAGGACGGUGUGUGCGGUGGUUCUGGCCGAGCUGCAGUGGGCCAACACAGAGAUUCCUUACCUGGCUCUCAACACCUGCCCCGGACAAGUCUACGUAGUGUGUGGUGACGACAAAGGACGACUGUGGACGUACCACAUCACCGACCUCCAGAACAACAGUUUCCAGAGCGGGAAACCCAUUCAGCCCACUGAGGUGUUGGAGUGGCCAACGCCGGUGGGGAAGGGUCAGUGCCAAGUGGAGGGCCCCUCCAUCAACAGUGUAGCAAUGGACCCUGAGCUACGCUACCUGGUGGCCCUCAGUGACAAGAACAUGGUGAUAGUGUGGAAAAGAGACGAGUGCUCCUGAAGAGAACAGUCGUGUGACUUUAACUCCGGAAGGGAGGUCGUACAAGUGAUUAGAGUUACUGUACCGGGGAAAGAACAGUAGAGAAUGUACCAAAUGUUGGUAUAUGUGAGAGUACUUCCAAUACAGAACUGAUAAUGUGAUGGAAUGUUACGAUGUCAGAUAACGGCCUUACUGGAUGUUUCUCCAGGAUCUGGUUAUAUACUCAUUUCCCUCCGUCUGUGUAAGGAAGGUCAUGUUGACCCUGCAGCUGCAGUUACAUCCGUCAGAGCCAAAAAAAACACCAGAUAGUUUAAAGUUAUACAAUAACAAUUCUCUGGAUUUUCUAUUUGAAAAAUAUCUCAUUCUACACACACACACUAUCAUUUUAGAAAUUUUAAAGUACAAAUACAAAAAGUCCAACCUCAACAAAUAUGAUAUGCAAACAAUCAACAAACAACUAAUUUUCUGUAAUUUUGGUAUAAAGGGUUUAGACCUUUAAACAGCAUAAGAACUGUAAAUAAAUAUGCACAAUUUAUACCAAAUAACCGACCCUACACUGUAAAUUGAGCUGUAAUUGGCCUCAGGUAUAUUUAUCUGAGUCCCUUGUACUAAAGUCCCUUGAACGUGUGGUUUUAUUUGAGUCCUUUGCUCAGUUUCAUGUCAUGGUUUCAGUUUGGUUUUAAUAAAGUGGCUCUGUGUUAAAUAUUA